AUGCCGCUAGGCAGGAAACAUCGGGCAUCAUCUGCUGGAGCCAAACUUGAGACCCAGAACAAGCCCAGUAUUUUGACAGAGCUUGGACCAGUGAAUGGAGCUGCUGGGCAGAACCAGAAGAGGGGCUUGGGGUAUAGACAGCGAACUGCCGGGGUGUCCCCUUCUGGUGGGUCCAUCCUCAGUAAUACAGGCCCUACUGAGAGGAGCCCAAAGCUUCCUGAUUGGCUAAAGAUGGAGCUCCUGAAGCAAAAACCUAGGCGACACUCUCUUACCCUGGGAGACAGCACUAAACUCAUAAUGCGCCAAGGCUAUAGAGAUCCGGCCUACACACUUAAUGAGCUCAAGAUUGAGCAGAUGUUGUCCUGUGAAAAUAUAAAACAACUUAAACUGGCCUUUGAUGAAUUUGCAAAGAAUGGCAUUGAUAAACUUGAUUACCCACAAUUUCGAUCUGUUGUGAAAAAAUGUCUGGGUUUACAAGAAGUUAAAGAUGUUCAAAUUCAGCAACUAUUCAUGAAGAUUGAUUACACUGACGAUGGCAAGAUUGAGUGGCAUGAGUUCUGCACAUAUAUGCAUCUGGAGGACAAGAAGAAGGAAGAAACUGUGCGUCGCAGUAAGAUGGCGGCCUUCGCAUUGCCUGCUAACAUUAAGGCUCUUACCCGUGGUGAGCCCAUCCUGAAAAUCCAUCUCAUUCCCGAUGGCACCAUUGUCACUCUCAGAGAAGAUGGGGUCGUCAGCUUCUGGACCACCAAGCUUCAACUGAAGAAGACCAAGAAUGUGUUUGCAGAGAGACCAGUUGGUCGAAAAUCAAAACGGGCAACUGAUUCUGUGCUAAUGCCAGAGUAUAAUAUACUGAUUAUUGGAACCGGAGCCAGAGAGAUCCAGUUUUACGAGCUUCCCUCUUUGGCACCUUGCUGUCAACUGAGUUCACUUGAAACUGUGCCUUUAAACCUGGAUUGCUGUUCUACUGGCACACAUGAAUGUAUCAUUUUAUAUGGGGAUACUCAGGGCUGUGUGAAUAUCAUAUUAAUGAAAUCGGUCUGGGACACACUGAGAUUGUGGGAAAACUUGCCGAAGGUUGAGAAUGUGCCAAACAUCAGCAUUGACCAUGCAGUUCCAAAAAUAACAUAUAUCAGAUGGAAAGUCCACCAAGACUGGGUGUCAAAGGUGAAAUAUUUUCAAAGCAUACGUGCCAUUGUAUCCACAUCAAACCAUGAAGACUCCGCCCUUGUAAUCGGGUGCAUUCUUCCAUCAACCAACAUCGAAGCGCAAAUGAGAAGGUUGUCAGUGUUGAGUGGAGAGGGAAAGUCUAAGCAAGUUGUACCCAACACAAGCACUCCUCUGCAGAGGGCAGCCGGUGACCAAACAGUCUUCACCGUUUGUAAAGGAGUAAUGACCUUUGAUUUCUGCAAGAGUCAUAACAUUUUGGUCACCGGGGGGAUGGACAGGCUGUUGCGCAUGUGGAAUCCUCACGUACCUGGGUGGCCAAGAGGGAUUUUGAAAGGUCACAAUGCCUCUAUUUCCUACCUUUGUAUAGCCUCAGAAGAUGGACACAUUUUCUCAGUCUCCACCGACAACACUGCUAAGAUAUGGCAUAUUCAGGACCAGACUUGUCUGUUUACUGCCCAUCCAAAAGCAAGUCAAAUCCAAGGAGAAUUAUCAGCAUGCCUCUAUUAUUCUGCUGUGAAGGGGCUCUACAUUGCCACAGAUUCCCUUGCCUUACUAUCCCUUCAGACAAAAACACAGCCUAAGGGCAAUCAUAUUGUGUCCCAUAAAGAGCCUGUGUUGUGCUGCGGAUACAGUGUGGAGUUUAGACAGGUGGUGAGCUGCUCGCUGGGCUCGGUUAUAAAAGUCUGGGACAUAGACACUGGAGCUCAAGUGUUUGAGUUUGGAUGUGCUCACGGAGAGUCUGCUAUUACCUGCAUGGCGUUCGACACAUCCGGAAGGAGGCUUAUGACUGGUGGAAGAGAUGGCUGCCUUAAGAUGUGGAACUUUAACAAUGGCCAAUGCGUGAAGAUACUAAGUAGAGACGGAAGACGUGCCGAGAUUUGUGACUGCACUUAUCUUACACUUCACAGGAACGCAUUUUUGAUUUCUGUUGGUUGGGGCCGCAGGAUUGACAUUUACUUGGACUCUCCAGAGGAGACUCAGUACAACCAGAGACCAAAACCUUCAUGGCAGGAAGAUGUGAGGAAUGGGCACAAAGAAGAUAUCCUGUGCAUUGCUCAAUGUGCACCAAAUCUCCUGGCCACUGGCAGCUACGAUGGGGAAAUCAUCGUAUGGAAUGUAGUAUCUGGAUGCAUACAAUGUCGCUUCCAGACCCCUCAGCCUCAGAGUACCAGCACUCAUGUUUGGAACACAAGUGUCCUGAGCCUUAUCUUCUUAAACACUCGGGCAAUCGUUACAGAAUUGUCUUCUUCUGCUUGGCUUGUAUCUUCAGGGUCUCAAGGUUUUGUUCACUUCUGGAGUGUUCUGAAUGGGGGGAAAUUCAUAACGUCUUUUCAGGCUUCUCACUUGAAGCAGCAGAUUAUGAAACUGGCUUUAACGCAGGAUGACAGCCUGCUUUUUACAGCUGAUCAUGUUGGCUACAUCGAUGUUUACAAUAUCAAGCAAUACGCCCUGCAGCCUGAACAAAACCCUCCUGAAAAGGUGAACUUCUGGCGUGCACACAUAAGCAGUAUCACUAGCUUGAAGAUAAUUGAGAAUGAUCAAUUGCUGCUUACCUCCUCAAUGGACUGCUCAGUACGAUUGUGGAAUGUCCAUGGUGACUUUAUAGGUACAUUUGGGCAAGCAGAGAUUUGGAGCAUUCACACUCCAUCUUCCUGGAAACAUCCAGCUGUUGCCUAUGAGAUUCUCAUAGAUCCCUUAAGCAUGCCCUCCCAUCCAAUACUAGAGAAAGAAAUCAAGGUGUCAGAUGUCCUCAACUCUGAGAAAAUGAAAAAUAUAAACAGUGAGCUUGAUGUACUCAGUUAUGAGAGUGACACUUCAUCCAUCCUCAAUGACAAAGAUAUCGAUGAUGAAACAAACAACUGGUAUCCAUCUGUGCCUGGCAGGAGGCAACACCAUUCAAUAUUCGAACAUGUUAAGAGUACAAAUCUCAAAGACUACCACUCUGUGAAUGACUACGAUAUUAUUGUUCCCCCACCAACAUGUAAAAGACCAAAUCUUUCCCUCCAAAAGAUGGAUACAUUCAAAUCCAACAGUGUGGAUGACUAG